AUGUCUGUGGUAAAGGGGAAGCUUGUGAAGAUGGAAGUAGUCCAAGUUGGUGACUAUGAAUUCACCAAGCAAGAUAUUAUAGGACAUGGAGCCUUUGCUAUGGUGUACAAAGGAAGAAAGAGAAUGGAAGCAAUCGAGCAGACGGAUCGCCUGAUGGUAAGCGAUCAGCGCCGCCCAUGGAGACCCGCCACACCAGAGGAGUCACAGAAUCCGUCACAAGCUGUAGCUGUUAAAGUGGUGACCAAGAAAGGACUUCAGAAAGCUUCAGAGAUUUUGGUGAAAGAAAUUAAGAUCCUCCGCGAACUGACUGCCCUCCAUCAUACCAAUCUGGUCGCCAUGCACGAUUGUAUGGACAGCAACUCCUACGUCUAUGUCGUUAUGGAGUACUGCAAUGGGGGAGACUUGGCGGACUAUUUGCAAGCGAACCGUCUGCUCAGUGAAAGUACCAUUCGACUGUUCCUGAGACAGCUGGCUGAGGCGAUGCGUGCUAUCCACGCUAAGGGUAUAGUGCAUCGUGACCUGAAGCCGCAGAACAUCCUUCUCACACACAACGUCGCACCGCCACGCACUCCGCAUGCGUCGGAAAUAACCCUCAAAAUUGCUGAUUUCGGCUUCGCAAGGUUCCUUGAAGAAGGAAAUAUGGCCGUCACGCUGUGUGGUUCACCGAUGUAUAUGGCGCCAGAAGUAAUAAUGUCACUGAAGUAUGACGCCAAAGCAGAUCUCUGGAGUUUGGGCACGAUAGUGUACCAGUGUCUCACUGGCAAGGCUCCUUUCCAAGCCACCACACCACAUGAACUAAAAGCAUUCUACGAGAAUAGUGUCGACUUGCAGCCUAAAAUGCCAGCAGGCACAAGUCCUGAGCUCUGCAAUUUACUAAUCGGCCUGCUACGACGAAAUCCUCGCGAGCGAAUGCCCUUUGAGGCUUUCUUCAACCACGCUUUCUUGCAACGGCCACGGACCAGCUCCAUUAACAGAGUGAGCGUGACCCCUUCCGUGCCGGGGACGGGUGGGUCGGGCGCAGUGGGCUCGGCGGGCCCUAGUGCGGCGGCGCGACCUUCCUCAGCGCCGCGCAGCUCCAACCCACUACAAGCGCAGGCGCUACCCACUCUUCAGACGUACAAGAAAUCACAGCCGACAUCCUCCGCCGAGUCGUCAGACACGACCUGGGCGGGCGAGGACGACUUCGUGCUGGUAGAGGCGACGGAGAGCGGCUCGGCGGAGUACUCGGGCGCGUCGUCCGGCUCCGAGGCAGCGCCGCGGCCGCGCUCGCUGGCGCUGGCCGGCGCCGGCCCGCCGUCCGCCGUCGCCGCGCCCACGCCCACCCCGCACGUCUAUACUGCGCCCGCGCCGAUCACCGUCAACAGGAAUCCACUCGCCGUAACAUCUAACAAUAACGUACCACGAUCACAACCCAUCGACGUGCUUCGAUCGAACUACAGCCGUAACGCCACCAACAUCGGCUCCCUUUCACCACCCACUGUUCCGUUCACGAUGACGCCGCCGUCGACUCGGCGCCGCAGCAGUAACUCUGGCAGCUCGCCGCCUCCCUCGCUGUGGCAGGUCUCCCCCACCAACGCCAGCCCGCUGCGCAGAUCAGUGUGGUAUACAGGGUCGUCUCCGCCAGUGUCACUGGCGCUGAAGGCGAGCGGCGAACUGACGGGCGGCGGCGGCGCCAGCUCACCCAAACGUCAGGCGUUACCCGACGCAUUACUGCGCGGCAUCAAGCUACACCAGCCACCCGACCCGCCCGUCUACAUUCCCAACCUGCAGGAGGAGACUAUCCUUGCCGAGGAGCACAGCAAAGUAUUUUCUCAGCUGAACUUCGUAUUGAUGUUGGCGGAGCUCUUGUCGGACCUGGCCGUGUCGUGCGGCGCGCCCAUCGCCGCGCUCAUGGACGUCUCGGACGAGCGCUGCAACGCGCGCGUGCGGCUGGGGCUGCUGGUGCAGGCCAUGCAGGCGCUGGCGGCCGGCCUGCGACUGGCCGCCGCGCACUACCGCGCGCGCACGCUGCAGCCCACGCCGCAAGUCAGGAACGUUGUAUCCCUCAUGAACGGAAAAUACAAGUGGAUUGUCAAUGAAUCGCGGAGGCUUCAUGAGGCCGGAGUUACUCCUGCUGUCUGCGACAAAAUUCUCUACGAGCAUGCGAUUGAACUGUGUCAAAUGGCGGCCAUCGAGGAGUUGUUUGGCGAUAUGAAGGAGUGCGAGCGCCGCUACAUGUCGGCGCAAGUAUUGCUGCACUCGCUCGUCCAGCGCCAUCCCUUGCAUCCGCAGCAUCGCACUACGCUCUCCAAGUACCGAGACGCCGUGCAACGACGACUGAACUGUCUCAAGGGGCCUCGUAAAAUAAUGGAUGUAAAACUUGAGGCCGGGAUCUCAUAA